UCGUUUUAUACAUCACAGGAAGCUUGACCAGACCCGCUCCGUGACUUGCAUUAAAACAUUGCGCCAAACUACCUCACUGGCCCUCUUAGCGGUAUUGUACAAUGCCCUUUCCUGCAGAUGAGGCGAAGAUCGUGUCGAUAUUCAUACAGACAUUGCUCUACGGGGCUUAUGCUGUCUUGUUCAUUCUCACGAUGUGGGUACUACUCACUCGACGCCGCAAGGUCAACCCAUGGACGGACCCCAUGCUAUGGAUAUCCUUAGCAAUGUUCGUCGUGGCCACAAUGCACAUCGGUGUCAACUACACCCGCAUCAUCAAGGCCUUCAUCAUCUACCGCAAUGAGCCUGGAGGACCAGCGGCCUUCUUCAACGAACUGUCCGAGUUCACUCAAAUCUUCGGGAGUACUCUGUACAUCGCCCAGACACUCAUCGGUGACAGUGUUGUCUUACUCAGAUGCUAUUUAGUUUGGGGCACCGUGUGGGUCGUAAUGGUUCCUUUCGUCUUACUGCUUGGAAGCACAGCUUCCGGGAUUGGCAUCCUCUACUCCUUCGCGAAGGUCGUGCCCCAAGCUGACAUAUUCGUCAACGAGCUGCAGAACUGGAUCACCUCCUUCUUCUCGCUCACGCUCGCAACAAACAUCAUCUGCACGAGCCUCGUCGCGCUCCGCAUAUGGUGGAUCAACCGUUCGAUAAUGACGUUCGUGAACCACAGUUAUUACCCGAUCAUCUUCCUCGUGCUCGAGUCCGGGGCGGUCUACUCCGCCACGCUCACCGUGCUGAUCAUUCUCUACAAGACUGACGCGUGGUUCCAGUACGUCUUGCUUGAUGCCAUCUCGCCCAUCGUGGGCCUCGUCUUCUCGAUGAUUAUAAUCCGCAUCGGACUCGGGAUCACGACCGCACGCGGGUCGUCGGGUUCGAAUACCGCGGAUCGUCAGACGACGUUUGAUCGGCGGAUCCCCAUCUCGUUCGCUCCCCCAACGCGCAACAUGUCGACUUUGGACGACGUGGAAUACAAUGCGGACGAGCUGCAGCUGCAGGAUGUAUCGACUCGCAGUCAAGACCUCAAGGAGCAGAAACAAACUUCCUCCGUGGUUAGAAUGUUGGAUGCAUGACAUUACGGACCAAUUUGCGAUGUCUCGGCCUUGUGCCUAUAUCACAGAUCUAAAAGCACAGUAUCUAUGCUAUGUACAUCAAGCCAUUUCGGAGGUCAUCGUGUCUUUUCGUUCACUGCGUGAUGACAUCCUCGAGAGUUGGACGCCGCUGGCGAC